UACACUGAUUGAUGCUGAAGACCACUCAUUACCAUUUGGUUUUAAUUUGCGGUCGAAGGUGCAAGUUGAACUUAAUCAUCAGCAAUUACCAGUGAACGCAAUGUGGUCCAAAUCAGUCGUAAUUUUAUUAUUCGCAGUUUGCUUUAGCGCGUUUUUUGUUGAAAAUAACGGAUUGGAAGUGAAAGAAUUCGUUAACAAGUAUGUGGUGCGUCCUAUGAAAAGUUUGCUUCCACACAAAGAAACUUCUGAGGCUAGUGAUGAGAAAGAUAAAGAAAGUGGCAAUUUCGAUUUUAUUGGGCGCGAUAUAAUCAGAGAGACGUCAAAAGUGGCCAAAACAAUCGGGAAAAACAUCAAGGAAUUUGUGUCGAAAAAUACCAAAGGGCUGGACUGUGAUAAGGAAUUUUCGGGUGAAAUGGUCGACGGUUUCAAGUCGAAAGUUAAGGCAAUUUAUCCCGGUACCAAAUGGUGCGGCGAUGGUAACAUUUCUAAAUCUUACGACGAUUUGGGCAAGUUUGCCGAUACUGAUAAGUGCUGCAGAGAGCACGAUAUGUGUCCCAUUAACAUAGAUGCAGGUGCAACAAAAUACGACUUGGUAAAUACUGGGCUAUUUACAAGAUCGCACUGUGACUGUGAUAAGAAAUUUUACGAUUGCCUUAAAGAGGCAGGCGGUGUUGUUGCUGAAAGCAUAGGAUUCACUUACUUUACUGUUCUUGGACCUCAGUGUUUCAAGGAAGAAUAUCCAAUUAUUGGAUGUCUGGAUACGAAAGAGAAAAAGUGCCUCCAGUAUGUAACAGAUACACGGAGACCGAAGAUGUACCAGUGGUUCGACAGUCCUACUUUUUAAUUUCCUGAAUCAGCGUUGAAAUGUAUAAUAAUUUAUUUAAAUAAAGAUUUUUUAUUUUUUUAAAA